CUCCGUCCACAGCUUUCUCACCCUGGUGUUUGUGUUGUGUUGUGUUGUCCAGGUACCUCGGCCCAGGGCAACCCCCUCCUGGCCUCCCUGCCCCUCCCCGGACGGGCCCUGCAGCCGCAGCUCGACCUCAAGCACUUCCUGCCCUUCAGGCUCAAUGGCUCCUCCCCCCUCAGCCUCUUCCCCAACUUCAACACGAUGGACCCCGUCCAGAAGGCUGUCAUCAACCACACGUUUGGAGUCCCUCAGCCCCUCAAGAAGAAACAGAUUAUCUCCUGUAACAUCUGCCACCUGCGCUUCAACUCCACGAACCAGGCGGAAGCCCACUAUAAGGGACACAAACACGCUCGCAAGCUCAAGGCUAUGGAGGCUCAGAAGAACCGGCAGCGAAGGGCCGUCGAGGCGUCCUCCAUGGGCAGGGAGAGGGAGAGGGAGCGGGAGAGGAGCAAGGCCGGAGCCGGAGAGUGCCUGCCUCUGCCUUCUCUGAUGGACACCAGCCUGAUGGAAGGAACAAGCCUGCAGGUUGACCUGGAGCCGGCCAAGCAGGAAGUGCUGGAGGAGCCCCCCAGGAGCCUGGUGGGGAAGCUGGAGGACAGCCCUGGAGGCUCCGUCUUGUUGACGCCCGUCUCGGAGGUGUCAACCCUGGAGCUGGCCACCCUGUCCCCACCGCAGGUGUCCCCCUCCUCCCAGAUCUCGGAGACCGCCUCCGACUCCAGCCUCCCCGAGGUCCCGGGCCCCGCCCUGGAGUCCGCCAGCCAGCCAGACAGCUCGAGCACAGACGGGGAGCGCGGCACAGACGAAGAGAAGGAGAGCAAGAAGAACAAGCUCCACCUUCACUGUCCCGUCUGCAAGGUCACGGUCAACUCCACCUCCCAGCUGGAGGCGCACAACAGCGGUACGAAGCACAAGCUGAUGCUGGAGGGGCAGAGCGUGCAGCCCAGGCGCAGGGGCAAGGUGGUGGCCGCACGCUCGGCCUGUAAGACCAAGCGCCUGGGCAGCAAGGGCAGCGUGGGGGUGCCCAGCAAGAACUUCCAGUGUGAGGUCUGCGAGAUCUACGUCAACUCUGAAACCCAGCUCAGCCAGCACAUGAACAGCAGGAGACAUAAGGACCGGCUGGCAGGCAAGCCCCCCAAACCCAAAUUCAGCCCCCACACUAAGACCCAGCCCAGCUCCAGCUUAGCGAACGUGAGAUGGAGUGGCUACGCAGGCGGGGCCGUGUCUGCCAUGAAGAAAGUGUUCAGCCAGUACAACCUGGCCUCCCUCUCCUCUCAGACCAAACUGGCCUUGCAGAAGCAACUGGCCAAGAGCCUGACCACUGGAUUUCUGCCAAGCCCCCUCAACACACCCACUCUGUGCACAAUGGCAGCCAAUCCACUCGCCCUCCGCCACCCAGGCACUGCAACCUUCAUCCAGACACCUUUCUUGGGCCCGGCCCUCUUCCGGCCUGCCCCGGGGCCCCUGAGGGCCACUCACACCCCAAUCAUCUUCUCUCCUUACUAAUGACAUGGCCCCUGUCCCUCUGAACUCCACCCUGUCCCUCUACCAGCCCCCAGCCUCCAUUACUGUGACCCACACGAUAAGGGCCACCGCCAAACUAUGCAGCCUGCCAGAGCCAGGAUGGAGGGAGCAAGUAAGCACACAAACCUUGGGCCCCAGAGGGGUAUGGGACCGACUGGUGGCUCCUGGCAUGGAUGACACCCCCCCAAGGCCAAAGUCCUGCCUCCCCUUGACGCCCUCUGUGGUGGCCCAAGACACAGGACACACCUCCAGGAAGUGAGCGGUAUAAGGAGUGUCUUUUACAGCCAUUUCAUGGGUUGAAAUGGUUUGGAUGAUUCAUAUUAUUGUGUAAUUUAUUAGAGAGCAAAAAUCUAGAAGUGUAGAUGUAUGUUUAGUGUGGUUGCCACAAAAUAAGGUCCCUUUACUUGAUGCCUGGCAAAGUAACUUUUCUUUGUCUUCUAAGUUAUCUUUUAUAACAGGUUGACAUUAUUGAGGUCAUGGAAGCGAGUCAAAUCAAAUCACAUUUUAUUUGUAUAGCCCUUUUUUUACAAGCAUUGUCACAGAGGGCAAGUGAGCCCAAGUCAUCUUUCUGUCUCAGUGAAGACGUAUGUCAUCUUGUCCAGAGGGAUUCACAAACUCUUCCUCAGAUCCUUAAAGCAAUCAGGGUCGUGGUCUUGGGAUUUCUAACACAUGAAUAUAGCAGACAAGCAAAUGUCAUAGCAUAGGACUGUUGAUGGCGGUGAGGCUGGUGUCCUCGUGAAUUGUCUCCAUGACAGAAGGGACAGAAACACUGAAACACCUUCAUCAACACCACACACGCGUCCGUGAUUAAAUGACUCCAAGAACACACUGUACACGCUGUGCUGACACUAAAGCCAACAGCUUUUUCGACCACAGAGGUGAUAUUGCAGCAACAUCCUUCUCCCAACCUUGCUGCUUGGGCUCUUUUGUUACUUGCAGCCCUGAAUUAAUGUGCUGAUUAGAUGAUUAAGCCCUUUCUCUCUCUCCCUCUCUUUUUCGCUCUGACUCACAUCCAAACAUGGCCUUUCAUAACUCAUUUUACCCCUGCAUCCCUUGGAUGAAGCACUCAUUAAGGUCCUGAAAAGGUCAGGUUGUCAACUUGAUUUUGUUUCAAGCUGCAGAUGUGGCCUGAUAAAGACUUUUGCUCUGUUGUAUGAUUUCUGUUGUUCAGCCGCUGCUGUGCGCUUACUGUCUCUGUUCUCACCUUGCCAGUCUAAAAAAAGGAGAUGUCUCGCGGUAUAUUAAGAUCUAGAAUCUACCGCGACUGCAUUCAUCCACGCUGGUGAUUAAACUGAAUAUUUGUUCCGCCCUACUGUCCUCCCCUCAUCCUCGCCAUUCAUUUUCUCUGCCACUAUUGCCUCAGCAGACACUGAUGAGAAGAAAAGGAUGACAAUUUCUCCCCACCACAAAACAAAGGGGAGGAAAUGACUUGGCAGACCUCCCCCCCCCCCCCUCUCCUCACACUCCCCCUGCGAGGUUCAGAUGUAUGUGGGUGAUGGAGGGUUGGGGUAUAGUAAGUCUGAUGGGCAUCCCAUGUCAAUCUCCUCACCAGCCAGGGAUGAGGAUUAAGCACAGUGGCAUGGCAACCACAUUAAAAAGCACCUUAACAAAAAGUGUAGUUACUUAGAAAAGCAAUGGAAAAAUAUAUAUACAUGUUAUUUUUUUCUCUUCUUUUAAGCUGUUCUGGGUGCUUUGAUAAUCUCACAUAUUUGACAAAGCAUUUGAUAUCAACAGAACAAUCAAGUUGUAAUUACAAAUCUGUACCAUGAUUCGGGCAGGUCAUGAGUUUCAUAUUGUGUCCAUUUUAAGCAAUACAUCCAACAAGUUUACUUUAAUAUUUUCUCAGUGUGAGACAAUAAUGAGAGUUGGCUUUAGUCUAUCUGAAUCUUGGCUCCAUUAAACUCCCACACAGCGGAAAGUCACUUAAGCGUCAUGUACAAUGUUCUGAUGGUCCUGCUCUUGAUGGUCAAUCACAAUCUCAUGGUGUGCAGCUGUGCUCAACUGAUCCAUAAAUAGCGGCUCUUGUACGGUGGAGAGGAUGCUUCAGUUUGAUCUGUCGACGCUGCUGUGUUUUACCUUCUGAAGAGGACCCGGGGAGAACAUUCAUAUAGAUUCAAGUGACAAAACAACAUUAUGGAAGGAUAAGUGCUGCAUCGACACAUAUUACCAUGCCCCUCCCUCCUACCCCUUUCAAUCCCUCCUCCCUGUCUCACCAAAUAUCUCAAACCCUUUACAAACACCAAGUCUUUCUUUCCAAACACCACACGUAUCCAUUUCCUCUGCUCUCUGCUUUAGCGACAUUGAAAUGAAGAACAAUCCUAUGCAUUUCUGUUGUUCCCUCAGUGCGUUGUAUAGUGUGUGAUGCAGUAGUGCCAUCUGUCUUGAAGACCUUGUAAUAGCCAUCCAGUUGUGCUGCUCUACAUCUCAGAAGCUUUUAGUUAGUUGGGAAUACGAAGCCACCAAGUCCUCCUUGCCAUAGCGUCGUGAUUCUCCCCCAGUCUCACCUCUCAGUGAACCAGCCUAUGGUCUCCUCUAUUUGUUUCUUAAUCAUUCAAUGGGAAAUUCUCUGAAAUAAAGACAUUUUAAGUCAAAUUGUAUAUGUAGAAUCUAUAGAGUAAUUAUAGAGAUUUUAUUAAAGUGAAUAAUACUAUUAUUCUAUCUGUAUUAUGAUGAAAUGCUAUACUAGGGGGAGAAUAGUUUUCUGUCUGUGUACUGUACCGUAUGUACAGUAGGAAUAUGCUGUAAAAGGAAAAGGAAAAUACUUUGCUUGUUUGCAAUUGUUUUUUGUUUUUUUACUUGUUUUCUUUUUAUUUACAAGAGACAAAUGUUCAAACGAAGUGAUUGGGUGAUUUAUUUUGUCUCUGGAGUUGAACUAAAGGUUGAUUUAACAGCCAAUGAAACAUCAGAUAUGGAAUACACAGGCCUCCUCAAAUGGGAUUUUCUAACUCUGUUAAGUCCUUGGCCUUCUCAGGGCUCCACCUUCAGCAGUACAUGAACAUUUCUGUACUGGACAUUUCUGCUUUAGGACCAUACAUUCAGGAAGUCCUAUACAGGCUGUAGCUGCAGGUCUGCUCACUCCGGAGGGUCAAAUAACAGCCAUGCAGCCCUGCAGCAGGACACAGGAUGUGGCUGGUUAUAUCCUUUAUGUCGCUCUUAGGACAGUAUAUAUUUGAGUCAUGGGUUUGUGCGUAUUGCACCUUUUUACUCGAUCACUGUGUACAGUUAGCGGUACCGUGGGAGCUAGAUGACUACUAGUACAGCUCUGUCUUGAAGCCAAUUGGAGAGCCAUACUCCAAGCAAAGUGGCACAGUAGAUGAAAACAAAGCCUUGUGGCAGCAUAGUUCUAUGCUAUACUUUGAUGUUAUUUUAGCAAUAAAAGUGUGUGUGUGUGGCCAAAAGGGAGUCUUAAGAAGGGGAAAACACUGUAAGAAGGAUAUUUAAUGGUACUACUAUGAUGAAGAACUGCAUAUGAUUUGAGAUUCUGAAAAAGGAAUCGGAGUGUGUCAAGAAAGCAUUUGCAUAUUUCUGCUGGCCCAGUUAUUUAUCUUGAAUGGCUACAUGGAUGCUCCACGUUGCUCGCUGGGUGACGGCCUGUCGGAAGGGGCUGCCUGUGUAUAUUUGAUAUUCCCUCGUCCCUAAAUCUGCGGAGGUGACAGAAAUUACCCCAGUGCUUCUCUUCUAUUACUUUUGGCAAAAUCUCCACACUGUCGAGAUCUUCUACAGUUGCCUCUGUCCUAGCUGAGUGCUUUUGAAGCAUUGACACAUGAGGAUCUCUGUGCCAAGGAACACUUAAGAUGCUGUUAUACUUAAGAGCCUUCCAUAAUCUCCUUAUCUGCAGCAUAGUCCCCACAGAUGGCUAUACUGAACCAUCCCACUUGGACUGGUGUGGAUCCAGACGCGAGAGAGAGAGAUUAGUUUCCGAACAAUGCCAUGGAAUCCAACUGGAUUCCGGAACAUCCCAUGUCAGUGUUGUACCUUCUAGCUUGUACUUCUCCCCUGCUCUGUCCCCUGUGUCCAGAUGUAGCCCCUCCCUCUAGUUUAAUGUGCUCUUGUUGUCUCUGAGGCGCGUCUGCUGCCCUUGCUAUGAUAAUGCCAAUCAAAUGAGCAUCUGUCACUCUACUGUUUGGACUGUGAUGUGCUGUAACAUCCAAUCAUUCUGUGCGUUUCUCAAUUAGCUUGUUUAUUUGCGUUCUGCGCCCUUGUUCGUAUGAAGGUGAGCCCAUCCCCAUGACGAUGAACAGUGUGUUGUUCUCAUGCCAAUGCUCCCCUUGUGGAAACAUCAGAUAAGCACAAAAUCUCCCCUGGUGUCAAACAGGGGAAACAUUUCUUCAAAUAAUCCAUAACUGUGACUAAAGCCAGUGUCUGGACUGGCAGAAGAGCACGAUGACCUUGCCCGACCUUCUCCUUUCAAUGACAGUGUCAUUGAUGUGUCUAACGACUCUGUGUGACACAGACGUGUGACACGUGCUGUAGGGCUCCGCCCCUCACUCCUUCCUCUCUGUUCUCCUUCUACAAGGACAUGGGUUCAGCUGUACAGUACAAAUCAAUAUCUGUGACUGGUUGUGUUCAAUUCAAAGCAAACAGGCAUUACAGAACAUGAAUGGUGGUGAUGAUGAUGUAGAAGAAAAUAACAAUAACUUAUAAGGGGACAUGGCCAAUAUUUAUUGUAUUGCCUUUGUCACGUGUUUAUUGUACAUUUUACUACCAUGACUUUAUGAUGUACCACAGGAAUUGUAAGGUGAAGGGAAGAUAUUUUGAUAAGAUGUUAUUUGCUUAAAUGUUUUUAUUUCAGUAUGUAUAGAUAAUGCAAAGUUCAACAUAAAAUGUGAGAGAGACAAAAA